AUGCUAAACCCCAAAAAAUAUAUCUUUGGGGUCACCUCGGGAAAAUUUUUGGGCUACCUCGUCUCCCGACGAGAUAUAGAGGCAAAUCCUGAUAAGGUGAGAGCGAUCCAGGAGAUAUCUCCACCUCGGUAUAUCCGCGACGUGCAGAGGCUUACGGGGCGGUUGGCAGCCCUGAACCGGUUUCUGUCACAGUCAGCCUCCAAGAUUUUACCCUUCUUCAAGGUUCUCAAGAAGGCCGACAGCUUCUCCUGGACUGGGGAAUGUCAACAGGCCUUUGAGCAACUAAAGAGAUACCUUCAUCACCUCCCAACACUCACUUUGCCUCGGCCAGGGGACAAGCUGUUCUUGUACCUGUCUGCUGCUGCCGAGGCAGUAAGUGUUGUGCUGAUAAGGGAGGAGGGGGCCAUCGAAUUGGGGGAGUACGACUUGUCUUAUGAACCUCGUACAGCAAUCAAGGCCCAGGCUCUCGCAGACUUUUUAGCCGAGCUCACUUUUGAUGAGGCAAAUAAGAGUACCUCGGCUAAAACCUCGGCCACGGCCGAACCUCAACGGUGGAUCCUUCAUGUGGAUGGCUCGUCUAACAGUGAGGGUAGUGGAGCGGGUUUGCUCCUCGAAGACCCCCAGGGAGAGGUGUGCUCAUAUGCCUUAAGGUUUGAUUUCGCUGCCUCCAAUAACGAAGCCGAAUAUGAGGCAGUCAUUGCCGGACUCCAGCUAGCCCGCAAGCUCGGCGCCGGGCACAUCUUGGUUUACAGUGACUCCCAACUCGUUGUGUGCCAGAUAUUGGGUGAAUAUGAGGCCAGAGAGGAGGUCAUGCAUCGCUACCUCUCCAAGGUCCACCAGUUGGUCGCACACUUCGAGUCUUUUGAAAUCCAAAAGAUACCACGAUCUCAGAACAAACGAGCUGACGCCCUCUCUCGACUCGCCUCCACCUCGUUUUCUGACUUGAACAGGUCGGUACUUGUAGAAGUCUUAGCCGAGCCAGGGUACAUAGAAGAAGUGGUGUGCCCCGUUUACCUUGGUGAUACCUGGAUGGGCCCCUUGAUCCGAUUUCUCAGUCGGAGGGAGCUCCCUGAUGACCGAGCUGAAUCAAGAAAGCUUCAGCGCAAAGCAGCUAGGUAUGCCCUUCGACAAAAUCUGUUGUAUAAAAGAUCCUACCUCGGCCCAUGGCUACGGUGUAUCACACCCGAAAAAGGCCAAAGAGUUCUCCAAGAUAUACACGACGGACUCUGUGGUGCUCACGUCGGCCAUAGGAUGCUCGUCAAAAAAGCUUUGUUGCUAGGGUAUUUCUGGCCCACCAUGAGGGUAGAUGCCCAAAUCCUGGUCCUUAGCUGUCCUGCUUGCCAACACCAUGCCCCUGAGCACCACCAGCCGACCAAUCUCAUGAUACCCAUCACCUUGCCAUGGCCGUUCGAACAAUGGGGGACUGAUAUAAUCGGCCCAUUCUCCAGAGCCCCAGGCAAUUUUGCGUACGUGGUGGUGGCAAUAGACUACUUCACCAAAUGGGUUGAGGCCGAGCCUUUAAGAAGUAUCACCGGAGCAGCAAUUCAAAAGUUCUUCUGGAAGAGCGUGGUUUGCCGCUUCGGCCUGCCUCGGGUGGUCAUCUCGGAUAACGGCAAGUAG